GCGCAGCGCUCGGCGGCGGCUGCCCGGGUAGGGGUCACCGCGGCGGGGGGCAGGGAGCCCUCGCGGAACCCGGGGGGGGUGCCCUGACAACCCCGCCUCUGCGGUGCUUUGUCCCACCCCUCGGCGGAAUCUGAACUUUAAUAAUUUUUAUUUAUUUUUUAUUUUUAAUUUUUGGGGUCAACGCAUGCGGUUUCUCCUCCCCCCCGCGCCCAGGGCCGUGUGGAGCCCCGCCGCGCUCUGCUCCCUGCGCAGCCUGCGCCCCAACCCCGCCUGGCUGCGGGGCCCGCAAGGCUCCCCCCCCGCGCGGGGCCGGGGCUGUGCGGGGCCGCGCCCGCAGCCCCUCCGCGCCGCCAGCCGCGGGGCAGAGCACGGGCGGUGCGGCGGGGCUUACCCGCUGCUGGACGGCCGCGUCCCGCCCGUGUGCCGGCACGUGUACGAGGACAAUUUCAGGAACAGCGAGGCUGUGAUUCGAAGAUACUCAGAACUGCUAGAGAGAGUCAGUAAAGGAGGGGGAGAAAAUGCCAUCUUGCGUCACACUCAAAGGAACAAGAAGCUGUUUGUCCGUGAGCGCCUGAAGUUGCUGCUGGAUGAUGAGUCUUUCCUUGAGCUGUCUCCCCUGGCGGGCCUUGAUAUGCCCUAUGGGGAUGUCCCUGCUGCUGGCUGCCUCACUGGAAUUGGCAAGAUCUGUGGGGUCUGGUGUGUCUUACUGGCAAGUGAUGCAACUGUGAAAGGAGGAACUGUGUAUCCAAUUGGAGUGAAGAAACAACUGAGAGCUCAAGAAAUAGCCAUGCAGAACAGGCUGGUGUCUGUGCACCUCACUGACAGUGGGGGGGCAUUCCUACCACUACAGGCUGAGAUGUUUCCUGACAAGCUGCACGGUGGCAGAAUGUUCUACAAUGAAGCCAUCAUGUCUGCCAUGGGGAUCCCUCAGGUGGCAGUGGUGUGCGGCUCCUGUGUCGCCGGAGGUGCCUACAUUCCGACCAUGGCAGAGGAGAACGUGAUGGUGGAUAAGAUCGGGACACUCUUCCUUGCUGGCCCACCUCUGGUGAAAGCUGCUACGGGUGAACAGGUCUCUCCCGAGGACCUAGGAGGAGCCAAACUUCACGCUGAAGUCAGUGGCUGUACUGACCAUUUUGCACCUUCAGAAGAGGAAGCCUAUGACUGCAUUCGAAACGUCAUCUCCACGUUGAGCUACAAGCCCCUGCCAGAGGAGCUGCAGGAGCAUGACAGCCCCCUGUACAGCUCGGAGGAGCUCCUGGGCCUGGCACCACAGGAUUACAGGUGUACUCUUCCUGUCAAACUGAUUCUGAGCCGUCUGGUGGAUGGAAGCAGAUUCCAGGAAUUCAAGGCUAAUUAUGGAACAACGUUAGUAACAGGAUUUGGCCACGUGGAAGGGCACUUGAUGGGGAUAGUGGCCAGCAACGGGGAGCUGUCUCAUGAUGCUUCUCUCAAGGGCAGCCACUUUGUGCAGCUCUGCAGUCAGAGGAGCAUCCCCAUCCUCUUUCUCCAAAAUACUGCUCCACCUCCAGCAGAGCCAACAGGCAUCUCACAGGCAGAGGCUCACUCCACCAGGUUGAAGGCCCAGGCCUCCAUGAUGGCAGCUGUGGCCUGUGCUGCUGUUCCCAAAAUAACGGUUGUCAUCGGCGGCUGCUUCGGGGGCGACAGCUACGCCAUGUGUGGGAGAUCGUUCAGUCCAAACUUUCUGUUCCUGUGGCCUAAUGCAAGAGUUGCUCUUGUGGAUUCAAGACAUUUCUCUACAGUCCCACAGGCUGGGGAUGGUGACUGUACAGGAGAUGAAUCAGAGCUAAAACAGCUGAGAGAAAAGCUAGAGGAAGAAAGCAGUGCAUUUUACUCCUCUGCCAGACUCUGGGAUGAUGGUGUAAUUCUACCUCAAAACACUAGAAAGGUGAUUGCCCAGUGUUUGGAGAUCAUAGAGCAGCAGAAGUACCAGGUGGUGUCUCCAUCUCAAUACCCUGUCAUCAGGAUGUGACUGCAGCCAUUCCCAAGCAAUCAGCCUUUCAAGUUAGCACUUUGGACUAGAGAUCUUUAAUAUCAAU